GUAGAGGGGUGUCCUGUGAGGGCAUAUAGAGACCGGGGUACACUGAGAGGGGGUGUCCUGUGAGGAUACAGACACAGUACACAGUUUAGGGUGAGGGAAGCCGGUCAGGCUGGGUGUAGGGUAUUAUAGGGGUGACAGCAGGACUCAUGUGGUAUUAAUAGAGCUCUGAGAGGCCGGGUUCAGCCAAACAGGAGCAGGACGUUAUCCUACAAACGCUGGAACCCUAUUAAAAAGUGAAUAGCACAGACAUAGGCUUGUGCGCACCAUGUCUCAAGUCCAGGAGUUGCUCAGCCGGGAGCUGAAGGUUCUGAUAAGAGGCCAGGACUGCAAAGAGAGGCAACAAAGGAUUCGGGUCUGCAUAGAGGUGCACGUAGCUACCACACCUGUCCAUAAAAAGGAUCUUGUUGUUCGGAUGACAGAUGAUACAGAUCUUUUCUUUUUGUAUACUCUUGUCAUUUCUGAAGAUGAUUUCCAAAGCCUGAAGUUACAGCAGAGUCUGCUGGUAGACUACACAGCAUUUCCUCAAAAGUUUAUUGAUUUACUGCAUCAGUGUGUUAAUGAGGAGAACAAAGAUGCACCUAGGUUCCUUCUACAAUUCUCUUAUACAGGCUCGGUUUUGGGAAGUUCACCUGCACAGCUAGACGUGGUUGAGACAAAUUCAUUUAAGCACCUGACGCACCUUUCACUACGCUUCCAGCCAGCAAAUGAUGUAGAAGUAAAAACAUACCUAGCAACAUGCUUAAGAUGUAUUAAGGAGGAAAAAUGUGUAUUACAGCAAGCAUUGAAGAAAACAGAGGAAGAUCUGAACCGGCAGCUAGUCUGUGCUCAGCAGGCUUUGUCUGAUAAAAUCAGGGAACUGGAAAAAUUAAAAAGUGACUCCUCUCUCAAGGUUUCUGAACUACACAGCCAGCAUACAACAGAGAUUGCAAGUGAAAAAGAAAAGGCCCAUCAGGCAUAUACUCAGCUACUUCAACAGUAUGAACAACAAAGGAGAGAGUUUGAUUGCUCGCUUCAGAAGAGCACACAGCAGAUGCAGAGCCGAGUGAGUGAGUUGGAACUAUCCAACAAGGAACUUCUUGAAAGGAGAUACAAAGCAGAAUCCACUGUCCGAGAGCUUCGUUCAAAGGUCCAAGGACUGGAAGAGGAAUUACAAAGAGCACAACAAAAGGCGUCUUCCUUAGGCAGAGAGAAUACUGCACUGGAUGGGGAAUGUCAUGAUAAAGAAAAAGAGGUAAAUCGUCUUCAGACUCGCCUUGCUGUUCUGGAGCAAGAGCUGAAAGACAAGGAUCAGAUAGUGCAGAGAAGUAAUGAGAUUCUCUUGGCCACCCAACAGCAGAAGACCGGAUUAGAGGAUAGCACUGAGAAGAAGCAGGCACAGAUCGGAAAGUUGGAAGCAACAAUACAAUCCUUAUCUGCAGAGCUCCUCAAGGCCAAUACUAUUAUUAAGAAGCUUCAAGGAGACCUAAAGACUUUAAUGGGCAAACUAAAGCUAAAAAAUUCUGUGACUGUGCAGCAGGAAAAACUUUUGUCUGAAAAUGAGAAGCUGAUUCAGGAAAGGGAGAAGAAAAUGACUGAUGUCCAGCAUAAUCUUCAUGUGAAAGAAGAGGAGGUAGGAAAGUUGCAUGAGAGACUUCAAGAAACAGCGCAAAAGUUGGAAGAGAGCAAAGAACUGCUUAAAACGAAUGAGAACGUCAUUUCAUGGUUAAAUAAGCAACUGAAUGAGACUCAUUCUGUGGGAUCCAAUCAGAGCAAUGCUCCCUUCCGUGCCACAGUGUCACCCAACCAAAUGCCAGACAACAGAAUACCUUGUCACAGCACUCGCAUAAACUACCCUCUACCGUCCUACCCAGUUACGUCCUUUCUUCCAGUCCCUGUAUCUUCCCAUCAACCUUCUCUGGACAUAAACCGUGCAGGCCUGAGGGUUCACCACAAUAAUCCACUUACAAAAUUAAAUCGGCCGCAAAGCCUUUCUGGGCCAAACAAAGAAAAUGGAGAAUCAGCAGGCCUGGAUUUGAAAUAUUUAAAGAAGCAAGAAGUGGGCCUCCCUUUGCAUGGCAUUAACCAGAACACUGCUUCAGAGCCACAGAAAACAUUGCGUACACUGACACAAGCAAAGGCCGUUCCUCCUCCUAUUCAGUCGGCUUACUUUCCUGGACAAGUUUCCUCUUCAUGAUGAAUUGAAACAUGGUGAUCCCUUCUUGUGGUUUUGGAGCCAACAGAUCAGGCUUGUUGAUAAACCAGAACUGACAGACUCUCAAGUGCAGUGGCUUUGUUUUCAGAAUGACUCUGGCUGAUAAAGCGAAGUAAAUGCACUUCUGUGAUCUCAUAGGGCCAUCAGUGUGAUAUCACAAAUAUGCAAUAAGAUCUCACUUACCUUCUGCUUCUAAAAUAUAUGCAUCGGUGCUCCAAGUUUUAACAUAUGGAUGGAUGAUUGAGUUUGUUUUUCCUUUAUAUUAAAGCAAAGCAUUGUUUUGUGUUAACAGUUGGCACACUUUCAAGCUCCUAAAAUGCUGACUGGAGUAGGACAUUUUAAUACUGUAUUUUGCACAUUAUGCGAUAAAUUGCAUUUAACAUUUUUUAUUUUGUCCAAAGAAAUUAAUACAUAUUCUACCUCCUGAUUUUGUAUUGCAAAUAUGUUGUGUGCUUCUGGAGUGUGUAACUGUUAAUAUCUAAAUCAGAGCUCUUCCUAAUUCUGAAUGUAAUGUUCUCAUAUUAAAUGCCAUCUGGCAGGUCUUCCAUUUCACAGA